AUGGUCUUCCUGAUUUCACUAGCAUUUAUCCUGAGCAAACAUCCCAAUAAUAUCUCUGCAGUUCAACCUAUCUUUAACAAAGAGAUGCUGAUUCCAAAUUUGGAGAUAUUGUUAAUUGCGAGGAUGAAUAAGCUGAAAGAGAUAUGGCCUUAUCAAUUUAGUAGUAGUGACGAAGUUGAUACUUGCAUUUUGAGAAAGAUUGAAGUGAAGAAGCAUAAUAAUCUUGUGAAUCUGUUUCCAAUCAAUCACAUGUCUUUGUUGGGUCGUCUGGAAGAGCUUCAUGUUAGUUAUUGUGGAAGCUUUGAAAUGUUAUUUAACAUCGAGAUGAGUUGUGUUGGUGAAAUUGAAAAACACAGUAGCAACUUGAGACACAUUCAUAUAUAUAAGUUGGGGAAGCUAAGAGAGUUGUGGAGGAUGAAAGGGAACUUGAGGAAGAUUGUGAAAUGGGAAAGAGGUGGAUGGUGGUGGGCCCUACGGGCUAUCGAUAGUUAUAAAGAUGAUUAA